AUGAGGUGCCUCACUACCCGUGGCGUUUGUGGCGGAUAUUAUAUCAAACCCCGGAAGAAUCAGUCGUGGAGGCAUCGGCGCCGCCUCGCCUUUGAGAGCAAGGGCUCGCAGGCAUGCAUAACCAUCACUGAGCCAGUGGUAGGGCUCAGCUUCGAAGACGACUACCAAAUGAUGUAUUUCGACGAAUGGAGAUACCUCGCCGAGGCGCCACUCAGUGGGUUUACCUCAAGCAAGUUGUGGUCCACCUUCAUGCCGCAACUCACGAGCCAAAGCACCGUGCUCCGUCAUGCCGCCUUGAGUAUUGGGGCAAUGAGCCACGCGCUAUCUGCUCAAUCAACGGGUCAUGAUGCUGACAAGCAUCGUCAUUAUCAGAGUGCUAUCGAAUAUUACUGCAAAGCCAUACGGUCAUUAGCUCAAUCCAGCCAUUCUGCAGUCAAUACCCUGGAUGCGGUAUUGCUAUCUAUCCUGUUUGCAACCUUUGAAAGUCUUUGCCGUAAUUUGAAGUCCGCACUCGAGCAUGUGUCUCAUGGCCUGUCGAUGAUACGCGGCCUAUGCAGCGGACCGAAUGCCAUGUCACUUCUUAACCAGCUUGCGCCCGAGCCUGGAGAGCUGAUGAGCGAGGUUGUCAGUCUGUACUCGCGACUGGGCGUCCAGACUCAAAUCAUAGUAGGCGGCCGCAUAGACGCAAGGAACUUGGAGAUAGGAACUUCGCCCGAGAGAGUUAAGGCUAGCCCCGAGGAAAUGCGCGAUAUUAAUUCGCGACUGGAUCGCUAUUUCAACCCACGACAAGGUUUGGGCUCCCACCCAGAGACAUUCUCCAAUUCGGAAGAGGCCUUGUAUCAUUGGGUUGCCAUGACACGCCGAGUCGAAAACAUGGGCCCUGAUAUUGUGAGGGUGGUGAGGAACCUACUAGCCGAAAACGCCGCAGAUCACUCAGCAGUUGACAAGGCCAUUGAUCGUUUCCGGAGCUCCAGUGAGCUUAGGUCGUAUACGAGUAAUGCGUGUGCUCAGUUAGAGCAAUGGCGGAGAGCGUUUUGGCCUCUUUAUCAACACCAUGAUGCAUCCCAUGUAGACGAGAUAUCCGACUGGUCCAUUGUCAGCCUUUAUGUUGAAUACCUGGCCCUGUCUAUUCACAGCAAUGUUGCACAGUUUGGAGACUACGACUAUGUUGAGUCGAUAACCCCCAAAUGCCGCGAUAUCGUCAAGUUAUGCGAGGUUCUACUCUGCCAACAAAAUAUGAAACCAAGGGGACCAGCAUAUAUCUUCACUAUGCACACUGGCCUUACAUGGCAUCUGGCAUUCGUGGCGAUAAACUGCCGUGAUCCUGAGGUGCGUCUGAGCGCGAUGCGGGUGCUGGAGGCGUAUCCUAGACAUGAUGGUCUAUGGAGUAGUCACCUGCUUCUCGAGAUAGCGAAAAAGAGUCAGGACAUCGAGGCUGAGAACAUCACUGGAGAAUCUUCAGAGGUGCAAUGGCGGCGGCUUUGUCGGCGAGUGUAUCUUUUUGAGGAGGCGGGGAGCAAGCUGAUCUUUCGUUUCAUGCGCAAGGACAGGCAAACUGAACAGUGGGAGUAUAUUGAGGAGUCUGCAGAGGCCUCCCAAUUGAGAAGUGGCGCGGGCGGUUUGAAAUGGAUGCGGAGGCCGCUGAGCAGCCAAAAGUUCACCUUGCAAUGGGGACGAACGGCCGAUGCAUCUUCCGGGACUUUGUGGCCAGGAAUGGGCUGUGUCAAGCAGGUUCCGUAA